UCCUGCUCCGCCGCGUUUGUGUCCGGGUCGCUCGCCGUUCCUUCUGCCGCCGCUACCGCCCGGUUCCCCACUCCCGCCCCGGGCGCGACACCCGUUUCUGGCACCGGUGCGGCGGCGGGGUCUGUCCCCGCGGCGAGUGGGGCGUCGGCGGGGCUCGGCGGGGGUGGGGAGGAGCAGGGCCGGACGGGACGGGGCUCCUCUCGUCUCCUCACCGCCUGUCUCGGGGGGCGGCGGCGGCGGCGGCCGGGGGGCGGUGAGGCCGGGGGGGCCUCGGCUGCGGGCCCCGGCAGCGGUGCGGCCCCCGCCCCGAGGCAGGACGAUGCCGGUGAAGAAGAAGAGGAAGUCCUCGGGGCCGGCGGCUGCAGCGGCGGACGACACCGGCCUCAAGAAAUGUAAAAUCGGCAGCUAUUGCAGAUCACAAGCCUCUGGUAAAGUAAUAAGUGGAGAGGAACAUUUUUCAAGCAAAAAGUGCCUGGCUUGGUUUUAUGAAUAUGCAGGUCCCGAUGAAGUUGUGGGGCCUGAGGGAAUGGAAAAGUUCUGUGAAGACAUCGGUGUUGAGCCUGAAAAUAUUAUUAUGUUAGUUUUAGCCUGGAAACUAGAGGCUGAAAGCAUGGGAUUUUUUACCAAGGAAGAAUGGUUAAAAGGAAUGACCUCAUUACAGUGUGACUGUACAGAAAAAUUACAGAGUAAAUUUGACUUCUUGCGGUCACAAUUGAAUGACAUUUCAUCCUUUAAGAAUAUCUACAGAUAUGCCUUUGAUUUUGCAAGGGAUAAAGACCAGCGAAGUCUUGAUAUUGAUACUGCAAAAUCCAUGUUAGCUCUUCUGCUUGGAAGAACUUGGCCACUAUUUUCAGUAUUUUAUCAAUACCUGGAGCAAUCGAAGUAUAGAGUUAUGAACAAGGAUCAGUGGUACAAUGUGCUAGAGUUCAGCAGAACUGUCCACGCAGAUCUUAGCAACUAUGAUGAAGACGGUGCUUGGCCCGUACUUCUGGACGAAUUUGUUGAAUGGCAAAAAGUUCGUCAAGCAUCAUAGCAAGAAUUCAAAAGAAAAUGCAAAAGUUUUUUUUGGUGCCCACCUGUACACAAACUAAUGAGAAAAACAAAGGAUUGCAUUUUCAUUCUUAAGAAAGACUUUACAGUAAUUUUUUUUUCCUUUUUUAAGGAAAUUUUCUUGUUACACGUGAUAUGGGCAUUGAACCACACCUCUUCUGAGACUGAAAGUUGGAGUUUUUGUUUUGAGUCUUAUGUUUAUAGCAUUUAUUUCAGAACAAUAAAGAUUCAGAUUUGUGACAAAG